GCUGCCGCCGAGUUGCCCUCUGGCGCGGGUGGUGAAACCUAGCCAGGGUGGGAGGCGGCGUGGCUGCAGCGCGGCGGGGAGGGCCGCGCCGGUCGCCUUCUGCAGCCGCGUCUCCGUCAGUUCCCGUCGCCGUCCCUGGGGCGCCGUGCGGCUCCAGUCCGGAGCGGAAGCUGCGGCCGUCGCGGCGGCCGGAACCGCGUCCCGCCUCAGCGCCCGGAGGACAUGCGGGAGAGAGAAUGAGCCAGAGGGACACGCUGGUGCAUCUGUUUGCCGGAGGAUGUGGUGGUACGGUGGGAGCUAUUCUGACAUGUCCACUGGAAGUUGUAAAAACACGGCUGCAGUCAUCUUCUGUGACACUUUAUAUCUCUGAAGUUCAGCUGAACACUAUGGCUGGAGCCAGUGUCAAUCGAGUAGUGUCUCCUGGACCUCUCCAUUGUCUAAAGGUGAUCUUGGAAAAAGAAGGGCCUCGUUCCCUGUUUAGAGGAUUAGGCCCCAAUUUAGUGGGGGUGGCCCCUUCCAGAGCAAUAUACUUUGCUGCUUAUUCAAACUGCAAGGAAAAGUUGAAUGGUUUAUUUGAUCCUGAUUCUACCCAGGUACACAUGAUUUCAGCUGCAAUGGCAGGUUUUACCGCAAUCACAGCGACCAACCCCAUUUGGCUUAUAAAGACUCGGUUACAGCUUGAUGCAAGGAACCGUGGGGAAAAGCGAAUGGGCGCUUUUGAGUGUGUCCGUAAAGUGUAUCAGACAGAUGGACUUAGAGGAUUUUAUAGGGGCAUGUCUGCUUCAUAUGCUGGCAUAUCCGAGACUGUUAUCCAUUUUGUUAUUUAUGAAAGUAUUAAGCAAAAACUACUGGAAUAUAAGAUUGCUUCUACAAUGGAAAAUGAAGAAGAGUCUGUAAAAGAAGCAUCAGAUUUUGUGGGAAUGAUGCUAGCUGCUGCCACCUCAAAAACGUGUGCCACAACUAUAGCAUAUCCACAUGAAGUUGUAAGAACAAGACUGCGUGAGGAGGGAACAAAAUAUAGAUCCUUUUUUCAGACACUGUCUUUGCUUGUUCAAGAAGAAGGCUAUGGGUCUCUUUACCGUGGUCUGACAACUCAUCUGGUGAGACAGAUUCCAAACACAGCCAUUAUGAUGGCCACCUAUGAAUUAGUGGUCUACCUGCUCAACGGAUAGCACCACCAGGCUGCUGUACUAUAAAGAGGGAAGACCAAAAGAUACAGUGGACCAUGGAGUACCGAAGCCAGCUUGGUGGACAGAAGGAAAAUAGUGUGGGAACAUGGAACUAUACCUAAGUGGAAGUUUGGUCGUAGGAAUUAAAGUAAUCAUAACCACAUUACUUAGUCUUUUUAGUAAUGUGAAAAAAAACCUUGGCUGCCUCCAAGAAAAAGCCUUUAGAAGCGCUCGUUCUUCAAAAUUGCCAUUUUCUCUACCAUGUCCACAGGACACAGUUGGCAUUUUGUUGAUUUAUGGCAAUCAGAGUGUAGUGUUUAUUCCAUGAGCACUUUUCCAGUUUUCUAGACAGAGCCAUCUGUAACUGUAUAACUAUCCAAAGAUAGUAUUGCCAGUCAUAAAUUUCUAACUUCUGCAUAAUUCCUAUAAAAUUGAAAACAGUGAUAGUAUUUUCACAUUUCCUUGAGAGGAUCUGGCACUAUAUUUUAAAGUUAAUCAUUUGGGAUUAGUAGUCACUGUUUUUGACGACAAAUGAAGUAGUGUCUAAACAUGUGUUUAUUUUUAGCUUUAAAAAUGUUUUGGUUUCCACUGCUCACAGGUGCUUUAUGUUUAGCAUAAUGUGAACACUUAAAUUGUUUGUUAAUGUAUCAACUCAAAUGGUAAUAGUUUGGGACACAACCAGUAAAAUGUUGAUUCUUGGCCAUUUCAGUAACUUGAGCAUGUCCUCUUAUCUUUUCUAACCUAAUGAUACAUGAAUGAAUGCAGUGUCUUUUCAGUGACUAAUUAAUUAUGAACUUGAACUAUCCCCUGCCAUACCUAGGUAUCAUUUUCUUAAAAUGGAAAAAAUUUACUGCUUCUGAAUGUUUCUCUAUUUGGUUUCACAUUAAGAAUUUGAACCUUUGAAUUAUUUCCAGAAGCUCUGCAUACAUUGUAUUUAUUUAGUAGAGAAAAUGGUAAUUUUUAGCUUUGUCCUUACAAGGUGUUUUCUUUUUUUAAGAUGAUGUUAUAAAUACCUGGGGCAGCAUAAACAUUAUAGACGAAGGGCCCUCUGCAAUCUGAUUGGGCAGGUAAUGAUCCUAAUUAACUUACAGUUUUAUAAAUGAACAAACUGCUUUGGACAAGGAAUUUAUUCCAUCCGAAUUUCUUGAAUGGUAAAUCAUAGAAAGAUUCAAGUUAAUUCAGAUUAAGCGUGUUAACAGGAUAUAGCUUUUACAUUUUGCUGUUGAGUUCAACUGCACCUUUUAAUACUUUAAAUGUAUUAUAUGUAUGGCCCUUAUGAAGAUAUUUACUGUAAUUCAAUUAAAAGACUUUCGCUUAUGGAUGUUGCUAUACUGGUGUAUGAAACUUAUACAAUUAAACUCCAGUGUGGUAGUCAUUUCAGUAUACAUGAACUGUACAUUUUGUGCAAUGGCUUUAUCUUAAGAAUGACUUUUUGUGAAUGCACUUUGUGGCCUUUUGGGGGGGAGGGUGAGAGUAGGAGAGAAUUCCCAAGAUUACUUUUUUUAAGUAUUGGUUAUGUAUUAGGCAGAAACAGUGUUCAUAACAUUUUUCUGGGAUUUAGGUAUAUUUUGGAGAUCUUUACUAUAAAUGUUUUUAAGUAUUCUUAUGUACACUGUAGUGCCCCUAACAUAUAAAAAAAUCAUAGCAUGUCAUUACAAGCUUUCUCCACUGUCACCAGUGAGACACAGUGCCCUCUUAAAUUCCUACACCUUAACUUCCUUGCAAUCAACAGUAACUGGAUGUUUUUGAGGUGCUUCGAUUGGAAUUUAAAAUAUUCCAAUCUCUUUGGAGACCAAAGGCAAAUUCAGUUUCAUUACCUUUGGGAUUAUUAAUACCUUUUAUGGUGAAUUUCAGCUUUGACAUAUAUUGUGAGGAACAUGCCCCCCACCCCCCAAAAAAAACAGUAAUGGGGUUUGUAACUUAAAUCUGUAAAGAAAGUGUCAAUAUAUAGUGUUUUCAUUUUCAUGUGCCACUUAUCCUGCCUAAUACAGUGCAAUUUGCCUUGUGAAGAUCUGUAAACAUUAGUUGUAUUGAAUGUCAGACAGAGACUCUCUAAUCUUAGUGAUCUGAAUACCCCACAAAUGAUUAAGAAUGAUAUAAAAACCAGCAGCUAAGGAACAUCUUAUCUAGUUGUAGCAAAUUCAUAACAAGUGUCCUUCAAGGAUGAACUCGUAUUCUAUUCCUGUUUGUAUUUGUAUUGACCCUUUAGUGCAUUUUUUUCAGCUUUUAAAAGUGAGUAUAUUUACGUGCUGGAAGGAAAAGAUCUUAGAGUCUCAGACUUUGUUUCUUUGUGCGACAACUGGAAAGGAGCAAUGAAGCUUAUUUUGUUUUUUCCCCCCAAAGUACAAUCUGCCGUAGUUUAUGUAUGACAAAGAUAAUUUAAAAAGAAAACUUUAUAUAAAAAUUGUACAUAAAGUUUGUCUUUGAAACAUUUCUUUGGAGUUUUUUUUUUAAUUGAUGCAAACGUUUAAAAAGAAAAAAAGAAAAACACUUAAAAAGCAUUGGACUUCUUUUUUAAACUGUUUUAUUUUCAUCUGUUUUCUAUCAGAUAGCUUUUUAUUUCUAGUGUAGAGGUAGUCAGCACUCUUCAAAUUGGUAUGUACUUUUAUUGGAGAAUUGUCUCAGAAAAUUGAACUUUUCAGGUUAAAGCGGUACAUACUGAAAGAACAUACUCAUAGAGCAGCAGAUAGGAACUCUGGUACUUGUGGCUUACAGAAACAGUUUACUAGAUUUCAAAGUCAAAAAUCUGAGAAUGACCAACCUGUGAUUGUGGGGUACCAUACAGUGCUUUUAAAUCCAGGGAAAAAACUGUAUCACCAAAGUUUUUGUCUUGGUUUUCCUUAUGUAUGUAAUUUCGUGGAACCAAUCUUACUAGAUGGAACCCUCAAGCAAUUGAUUUUUUAACUCUGACACCAAGAGAGAAUAUCAUUAAAUUAUUUAAUCCAGACUUUUGUCUCCUAAAACCAAAUGCCCAUUGUGGAAUAGCAUUAUUCUAUGAGGACCAGCUGAGUUUGGGUUGUUAAGAAUAAUGCGUGUUUACUCUUUACUGGAGUAUAAAUACGUCACCAUUUUUAGAUUUUGUUUUAGAUCACUACAAAUACUGAUUUGAUCUUGAAGGACUUAAGUGCUAGGAAUCAGUUUAUCCUUUACCCUUCCAGCGUUGUUCGUGCUGUCUUGUUGUUUACACGCUUUUCUGCCUAGACUGUUAGCAGUAUAGGGACCCCUUUGGGGCUGGUAAAUAAUAGUUCAGCCUUUUUCUCCUCUAGUAUUGAUCAUGACUUUAACAUUCCUAAGAAUAUAGAUGUUUCUAAAUGAUUUAAAUUGGAAGGGGAUUUUAACUAUAUAAAAGUAUUUAAUACAAUGUACUAACUUUCGGCCCACACAAAUCUCCAUUGUGCCCUUAUAUUUCUCAAUCUACACUCUGCUUUUUAUGCUACUCCUUUUAGAAACUGAAAAUUCUAGUUUUACUCAGUUUUUGUGUUAAUAAACAUUUUGAAUGUGUACCCCUGCAUAUGUGAACCAUUAAAUUAUGACCUGUCAGUCAUAGCUAAAUAAUCAACUUCAAAGAGUUGAUAUCCUUUGACCAUUUAUGUGACGUUUGCUAUUGAAUUCCUGUAUGUGGCUGUAAAUUAUGUGCAUUUACUCUGUAUUUAUGUUAACUAGCUGAAUUUUAUUUGAAUUGUUAAAAUUCCAAAAAUUAAAAUAUGCAUAUGAAAA